AUAUAGCAGUGAGCAGAAGAGAAGAGAAUAGUAAUGGAGGAGAUAAAGGUGGAUGAGAAGGAAGUGCUGGCAUGCUGCGGUAGCACCCAAUUCGCUAAGCAAAUGGCUAUGGCAUCUCCAUUUCCUUCACUGGAUCAUGCAAUCUCUAUAGCCAAGGAUAUCUGGUUCAACAAGGUUGAUAUUAUUGGUUGUUUGGAAGCAUUUGCAGCUCAUCCUCAGAUUGGAGAAUCCCCUUCUUCUCACACCACCAGUGCUCAGUGGAGUAAGGGAGAACAAUCAACUGCUUUAGCAACUGCCACUGAUGCUGGGUUACAGGAACUAUCUGAUUGGAAUGCUCGGUAUAGGCAAAAAUUUGGACAUGUAUUUCUGAUAUGUUCUGCUGGGAGGAGUGCUGCUGAGAUACUUGGUGAAUUGAAGAAUCGGUACUCAAACAGGCCCAUACUUGAGCUUGAGAUAGCAUCUCAGGAGCAAAUGAAAGUAACAGAAUUGCGCCUUAGAAAGCUUUUCUCGACUAAAAUGAAAGCUGAUUCAGCAAGAAGCCGGUAUUCAUCAGUAGUAGCAAGUAAAGCUGAAAAAGAACGUGUGGGCAUAAUUGGACAGCAUUUAACUGCUACUUCAGAAGGCUUUCCUGCAAAAGCACCUCAAGUCCAAGCUCGAACUCGACCACCGAUUACUACUCAUGUAUUAGAUGUUUCUAAGGGCUGUCCAGCAGCUGGUAUUGAAGUACGUCUGGAAAUGUGGGAGGGCAGUCAACCUCAUCCAUCAUUUGGUGAGACUGAUAUGGGAAGAUGGGUACUCGAAGGAUCUUCAACUACAGACAGAGAUGGUCGGAGUGGUCAGUUAAUGAGCAUUGUAGACGCUCUUGUCCCCGGUGUAUACCGAAUAAAUUUUAACACUGGUAAGUACAACCCUGGAGGCUUUUUCCCUUACGUCUCGAUUGUGUUUGAAAUCAAAGAGACUCAGACAUUGGAGCACUUUCACGUCCCUCUGCUGCUUUCACCAUUCUCAUUCUCAACUUACCGAGGGAGCUAGUUGGACCAUAUGUUC